GUCCCCUUGAUGCAUUCGGUGAUAUUCGCUCUCAACGAUUAAACAAAAUGGCGACUGACAAGCAAUUUCACGGGGCUUAGAUGCUUAGUGAUGGAGAAUUAUGGGAACUAAGAGGUUGGACAUCAACACUGCUACCGUGUCUGAAUUCGAACAGUUGAUUGGAGUGGGCCACCUAAAGGCUGAAGCCAUUAUCAAACAAAGAAAGGUUUUGGGCGGGUUCCAGUCAGUAAGUGACCUCGGGGAAGUGCCAGGCGUGGGUCAGAGUGUGAUUGACCUCAACAGAAGCCAGCUGUGUUGCAACACGUCUCGCAGGGCAAGCAGAGCCAUUCGUGUUCGCAAUGCAAGUCAGUCAAGUAAUGGAAGUCCCACAAGAAAGUGUGGGUCUUCUCGACUCCGGUUGAAGCAGCUGUCUGUAUUCAAGCGGUCCAAAUCAACCCCGCAGGCGGGGAAAGCAAAACGUUUGAAAGUGUACAGCAAGCAAAUUUGUGAAAAUGGUGUGAAAAUUUUUAGAUCAAGAGAAAGAAUCUUACCAAAAGACUCUGAUAAGUCUGAAAAAUUGUUAAUCUCAGCCAAAAGUGUGUAUGACGACGGACCAUCAACGUCGAGUUCUAGUAACAAUUCUGCAGCCGAUUGUUGUAAAGCAUUACAUGAGAGCCAUAGAACGCUUAAUGAGUGUUUGUCAAAUCAAGAGGACAAUUAUGGAGAAGAGGAAUUGGAAAUGCAAGAGGGGGAGGAGGAGGAGGAGGAAGAGAGGGAGAGUAUUCAAGGGGAUGUAAAUAGCAUUCGUAAUGAUAUAGAGAGGGGAGACAAUACAGAGGAGGAAUCAAAUACAUCUGAUGUUUCUGAUUCCGUUUAUAGUUUAUUAAAAAGGAAAGAGCUCCAUAACAGACUUUACCCGUCUGGAAAAAGAUUGCUUCACUCCAAACUAUCUAGUCCACAAACCACCUAUGGGAACCUGAAGCGACCUUUAAAGAGGUCAGGUCAUCCCCUUCAUCGACAGAGAAUCCCUUCCAAGGAACACCCGCCACCUGGCCUUGCAGAAUGGCUGAAACAGUUUCAGGACUGGGGCAAUGCGGAGCGUUUGAUGGCUGUGGAUGAGCUGAUCCACCUGUGCGAGCCUACGCAGGUACGCCACAUGAUGCAAGUGAUCGAGCCACAGUUCCAGCGUGACUUCAUCUCACUCCUGCCUAAGGAGCUGGCACUGUAUGUGCUGUCGUUCCUGGAGCCCAAGUCGCUGCUGCAGGCUGCUCAGACUUGUCGGUACUGGCGGGUGCUGGCAGAAGACAACCUGCUGUGGAGGGAGAAGUGUCGAGAAGAGAGUAUUGACGAGCCCCUUGUCUUCGGAUCUAACAGUAGGUUGCGUCGCCGUCAGCCAUCGCCCAAGAGUCCGUGGAAGUCUCUAUACAUGAGACAGCAUCAGAUAGAACAGAACUGGCGAACUGGGCCACUCAGGCUUCCCAAGCUGUUGAAGGGCCACGAUGAUCAUGUGAUCACGUGUCUAGAGUUCUGUGGGUACCGCGUGGUGUCCGGCUCUGAUGAUAACACUCUGAAAGUCUGGUCUGCACUCACUGGAAAGUGUCUGCGUACGCUGGUUGGUCACACGGGAGGGGUUUGGUCAUCCCAGAUGCAGGGCAACGUGAUCAUCAGUGGCUCCACGGACCGAACACUCAAAGUGUGGAACGCUGACACUGGUGUGUGUACACACACGCUGUACGGACACACGUCAACUGUGCGCUGUAUGCACCUCUGUGGAAACAAGGUUGUAAGCGGUUCUCGUGACGCCACGCUGCGCGUGUGGAACGUGGAGACUGGUCAGUGCCUGCACGUGUUAAUGGGACACGUGGCGGCUGUGCGGUGCGUCCAGUAUGACGGGCGGCGCGUGGUGAGCGGCGCAUACGACUACAUGGUGAAGGUGUGGGACCCGGAGACAGAGACCUGCCUGCACACACUGCAGGGGCACACCAACAGGGUCUACUCUCUACAGUUUGAUGGGGUUCACAUAGUCAGCGGUUCCCUGGACACAUCUAUCCGGGUGUGGGACGUUGAGAACGGCCAAUGUCUGCACACGCUGGUCGGGCACCAGUCCCUAACGAGCGGGCUCGAACUCAAGGACAAUAUUCUAGUCUCGGGGAAUGCAGACUCCACCGUCAAAGUUUGGGAUAUCACCACUGGCCAGUGUCUUCAAACUCUGCAGGGGUCCAACAAGCAUCAAAGCGCUGUAACCUGCCUACAAUUCAACAAGAAAUUCGUCAUCACCUCAUCCGACGACGGAACCGUGAAAAUCUGGGACUUGAAAUCGGGCGAGUUUCUACGUAACCUUGUGACACUAGAGAGCGGUGGAAGUGGUGGCGUUGUGUGGCGUGUCAGGUGUAGUAACACUAAACUUGUGUGCGCUGUCGGGUCCCGAAAUGGCACAGAGGAAACCAAGCUUCUUGUGCUGGAUUUUGAUGUUGAAGAAAAGAAAGACAAAAUGCCCAUAAUAGAAAGAGUGUGAUUUUUGUUAAUUUUUAAUCCUAGCCGCUAAUUUCAAUCAUUUAGACCUUCUCCUCAAUGCAAGUGAUGGAUCAGCCCAUCUGAAUGGUGCAGUUUUGUUUACUUCUUUUAAAACUUUGCCGCACUCGGUUUGAAUUUUAUUGUUUUGUUGUUAUUUUUAAUAUUCACACAUCACAUUAGGUACUUAAGGGAAGUCAUUUAUUUUAAUUAUUUAAUAUAUUGUUUAAUACUUUGUAGUUCGUGUAACAAUUUACAACAGACAAUAGACUUGAAGCUGCUAAUUUAAGAAUUACAGUGCCAAAAUACUUUUUGUUAAUUUAGUAAAACAGUAUAAAAACUUUGAAUUGGAAAUGUGCAAGAGAAUCCAUCUAUGGUUGUAAACACAUGCUUAAAUUUUAUUUUAAUAUCUUAUUGAUAAAAUACUAUUUUAAUAUGUUGUUGUGAGAUUCAGUAUCUCUCGAGUCUGUAACGUAAGGAUGGAAUCAAAAUUAACAGAAGGAAAAUCACUUUUAUUUUUGCGAUUGGUUGAUUGCCAGAGCUGAUUUAAUUGAUGUUUCUGUUUAUGGGAAUUUUGGGAAUUCCUGACGGAAACUUUAUGUUUAGGGACUCACAAAUGCAUUUAGAAAAGCAUAUACGUGCGCAUUAUAAUAAUAAUUAUAAGAACUUGCAUUACCUGCUAUAGUUAUAUAUAAGUUAUUAUCAAUGCAAUUUAUCUGUAUAAUUAGACAAAAAUCCAAUUGUAACAGCAUUAGAACAUUGUGAGACCCAGUCUAUUUGCAAUUAACAUUGUUAGACCCAGUCUAUUUGCAAUUAGCUCUAUGUUAGUAGCAGUGGGAAAAAAGUCAAUUAAUACUUUGGAUUUGGUAUAAAUAUGAGUAGGUACUGAUUUAGGUGCCUCAACAUUUGCUGUGAAGUGUGAGCAGUUGAUUAGCAAUUUUUUUUAUUAUUACUGGAAUUCCCAUUACUCAAUGUUGCUUCAUUGUGUGGGGUCAUAGCCAUUAAUAAUUCAGUGAUUUAUAGGAUGUUAUUGGUAACUUAAGUAUGUUGCGUCAAAAAGAAAAAGCACUCAAUUUAGCAGGGUUUAUUUUUAAUGAAGCAAGUUUGCAAAUAAAGUAGUUUCAAUGCCAGGGUUCUUGAUGAAUUCUUCAAAAUCUGCUAUUAAAAGAUCCUUUGCAAACAAACGUCAAGUGGAUAAAUGUGCUGAAAGUUAUAAUGUGAGGUACAAUAUGAGACAUGUCAUGCUAGAAUAUGUCCUAUGCCUAUGCAGCCCGUUUGGCUCCAGACACGGCUGCCUAUUUACUCGAGUAGCUAUGCUGUCAGCUAAAAAGUCGUUCUAGGUUUAGUAGUCUUAUAAGUGGACAGGGUAUCUUCAGACCAAUCUGUGCAGGCUGGUCCGGAGCUACCCUGACCUCAUAGGCACAAGACUGGAGCUACCCUGGCCUCAUAUGCACAAGACUGGAGCUACCCUGGCCUCAUAGGCACAAGACUGGAGCUACCCUGACCUCAUAGGCACAAGACUGGAGCUAACCUGGCCUCAUAUGCACAAGACUGGAGCUACCCUAGCCUCAGGCUCAAGACUGGAGCUAUACCCUUGCCUCAUAGGCACAAGACUGGAGCUAUCCUGACCUCAUAGGCACAAGACUGGAGCUACCCUGACCUCAUAUGCACAGGACUGGAGCUACCCUAGCCUCAUAGGCACAAGACUGGAGCUACCCUGGCCUCAUAGGCACAAGACUGGAGCUAACCUAGCCUCAUAGGCACAAAACUGGAGCUACCCUGACCUCAUAGGCACAAGACUGGAGCUACCCUGGCCUCAUAGGCACAAGACUCGAGCUACCCAAGCCUCAUAGGCACAAGACUGGAGCUACCCUGGCCUCAUAGGCACAAGACUGGAGCUACCCUGGCAUCAUAGGCACAAGACACAUUUUGGCAUGAAGCUGCUCAUGUUUUAAUAGUCUUUUUUUUCUGGGUGACUAUACACCUGUUCAGGGUUUAACACAAGGAUUUGACUUCUUAGGGAAAAUAAUUUAGACCAUCUAUUUACACCCGAUCAAAAAAAGUUGCUCCAAAUGUGAAUGUUUGUGUUUUUAUUAGACUCAUGCAUCUCAAGAUACAAGGUGUACCGGUAUUUCACCAAACAACUCGAGGUAUAAGUUUUUUUUCAUUUACUAAAAUCAUACAGAAAUAUAUAAUUUUUCUCAAGAUCAGGUCAUAUUCUUUGAAUAAACCUUUAAAUCAACCACCAUGAAAAAAGAUACUUAAGUUAUGGCAGUCCAUAUUUAGUAGCCAGACAGGCUACCUACUGUUGAAAAUCACUUGCCGGGCAUGUUACCCAGGCGUCUGGUUAUGUAAAACCAGCUGAUGGUAAAACCUCUUUUAAAAUAGAACAGAACCCCAUAAAAAUGGUAAGUCAGGGUUUCAGCAUGAUUUUAAUUAUUUUUACUCUUGAAAUCAGUCUAUCUGAUAUUAUUUUACGGAAGAUGUCAGCUGGUCCCAUCUCUAAGGAAUAUUGUUGUGUUGUUUAUGUUUGAGCUGAGCUCUGGGAAAACCGACAUAGUGCACGGGCGUAAAGUGUUGCCCCUGGGAAAACCGGGCAUAGUGCACGGGCGUCAAGUGUUGCCCCUGGGAAAACCGGGCAUAGUGCACGGGCGUCAAGUGUUGCCCCUGGGAAAACCGGGCAUAGUGCACGGGUGUAAAGUGUUGCUUCAGAUUAGCCUGUGCAGUCUGUACAGGCUCAUUAGGGACAACACUUUAUACUUUACUUAUGUAUUUGGUUUAAAGGAAGUCUGUUUUUAGCGAAAAUUAAUUUAGUGGGAAAGUGUAGUCUAUGAUUAGCUUGUGUAGACUGCACUUUAUGCUCAUGCAUUUAGCCAUGUUUUCCCAUGUGUAGACUGCAGUUUAUGCUCAUGCAUUUAGCCCUGUUUUCCCAUGUGUAGACUGCACUUUAUGCUCAUGCAUUUAGCCCUGUUUUCCCAUGUGUAGACUGCACUUUAUGCUCAUGCAUUUAGCCCUGUUUUCCCAGAGGUUCAUUUGUGUUUUGUUUUGUACUUGUUUGACAGUAAAAAAUCCACAGUCUGUUGGUGUCCUGCAAUGUUUUCUAUGGUUUGUUGAACCAUGUACUAUUCCUUGUUUUGCACAGAGCCCUUAUUUAUUUAUAUAGGUAUAUCAACUGUGUCUUGACAUGCAAAGUUAACAAAUGUAGCCAGUGAUUUCCAUGUUGUUGUGAUUGUAUAAGAUUAGAUUAUUUAUUAACCAUGGGCUUCAUUUCUAAUAAAGAAUGACCAACAGAUACUGGUUCAAGUUAAGUAGCUCAUUUGACAUGUUGAAGAGGUUUUUCAUUAGGUAUUUUGGCGUUGUUUUAAAAAUAUUUUAUUGGGUGUGGUGAAAUUAAUAAAUUUGUGGGGGAAAUGUAAAAUACUGGUAGCUCUAUCCUUAUCAUGUACUAAGCAGUGAUAAAUAUACACUAUUUUGUGAUUAGGAUACAAUAUUUUGAUCUAGUGUGUAAGUAAAUUUAACGAUUAUAUUAAUAUUUAAUAUUAAUACUUCAUCACUUGGGCAUUUUGUUGAAUUUGCAAAACUAUGAUACUUAUGUUUAUUUUUUAAUGCUUUUAUUUUCAAAUGUUUUUCAACAUGAAUAUUAAUCAUUGCACAAUAUUUAAAUACGGUUUCAAUAGUAUUAUUUAGAAAAUAGUGUCAACAUUAAUAAAAUUGUAACUUUUGUGAGUUAACAAAUAAACUUCUGUGUAAUUAUUAUAUGAAGAACAGCUAACAUUUGACAGUAAUAGACCCUCUUAACAACUUUUGUCCAUUAAUUGCAAAAUUUUCUUUGAAAUGGAUGUCUAACUUAAAAAAGUGUAUAGUCCUGAUCAUGUCCUGACUUAUUAUCCCUGUUAUAUAUUUUCUCAGAAGCUAUUAUUCAUACAAUGGUCUAUUGUUCGAACCUUGCAAUAUGUGCUCUCUAUAGAAGUAAUUACCUGUGGAGCUGAACUUUGUAUCUCGAAUUAGCUGAGAACUCACAAAUGACUUUGAGUUAACUAAAUUUUGACAUAUUAAUAUAAAAAAUCAUGUAAGAAAUGUUACGUCUAAUUGAGCAGCAUUGUACAAAAUGGGUCUGAUGGCAUAUGUGGCCAACAUAGCUCCACACCUUCCUGCCCAUCCAGUCAGUCUGGUGAUAUGUGGCCAACAUAGCUCCACACCUUCCUGCCCAUCCAGUCAGUCUGGUGAUAUGUGGCCAACAUAGCUCCACACCUUCCUGCCCAUCCAGUCAGUCUGGUGAUGAGGUUGCUCCACACCUUCCUGCCCAUCCAGUCAGUCUGGUGAUGAAGAUCUUUCCUAUAGGCUGAUGAGACCACAAAAUAUUGCCUGACUUAAAAGCUGACCAGAUUUCGCAGGCUUGUCUAGAGCUACGCUGACAGUACAUGGCAAAAGACCCAUUUUUGUAUGAUGCUGGUCAAAUGUUCAACUGAUGGCAAUUAAACAUUGAGAUAUAUAUACACACACUGUAUUAUUAUAUGUAAGUUUGCAUUUAAAGAUACAUAAGCACAAACUUUUGGUUAGUUAUUUGAUUAUUAUUUGCUCAUACUCAUCUAUAAGGGCAUGGAGAUAUUAAAUGUUUGACAAACUUGCUUGUGCUUUAACAGAUAUUUUCACAGUCAUCAACAACUACAUAUUACUAGGUAGACAUCAGUGUAAAAGAUUGUUUUGGGACGGAAAGCUACUUUAAAUAAACCAGUAUUCAAAAUGAGUUUAAAUUUUGAGAUUGCAUUAUUCAUUUAAUAAAAUUCCGAUGAGAAAAUUCAGGAUUUGUUUGCAACUUCAACAUGCGUAGAUGUUCGAGAUAACAAAGUUCAGCUUUGCUCAGAAAUCUAGACAACAUUACAACACUGUAUAUAUAUUGUUGGCGGCUUCAGUCAUGAUGCAGAUUCUGUGUAUUGAACAUAACUUUGUUGUAAAGGUAUUAUGCUGUUAGCAAAUAAAUGCUAUCUGUUAUUAUUUGUAACUUUGCAUAAUAUUAAAGUAUUACCAGUCA